GUGCAGAGCAAACACGCGUGGUUUGUGAACUAGGAGCGUGCUAAUACCUCAACGACCAUCACAGCGGCGCGCAGCACUUCUAAUGGAUCGUCUGUCGGUGGAACAACUUGCAGAGUACAAAGAUGCCUUUGAACUAUACAGCCGGCACGACCUCAGAGGAGUUGAGUACCUGCGCAGUAAAGAUCUUGGACCUGUAAUGCGCAUGCUCGGAUUUAAUCCUGGAGACCAGGAGCUUCAAGACAUCACUAAUGAGAUUGAUUACGGCAAGGGAGGAGGAACGAUUGACUUCGAAGAUUUCGUGAAAAUGAUGGAAGACCAGAAAAAGCCGAGUGAGGAAGAGGAAAUUCGCACGGCUUUUGAUGUCUUCGACUCUGACCACAAGGAGUUCAUUGAGUCGGGCGAUAUCCGAGGUGCGCUACAUCGAGUGAAUACCAUCCCACCACGCGAGCUGGAGGAGAUGCUGGUAGACCUGGACCUGGUCAGGGAUAGAAAGUUCACUUUUGAAGAAUUCAAGAAGCUGGUCACGGCUUCAGAUGACAAGCCCAAACGCUCAGCCACGCUUGAUCACCUAUCAGAUGAACAAAUCUCAGAAUACAAGGAGGCAUUCUAUAUGUAUGACGCAGAUGGCAGUGGUCACGUCACCACGAAAGAGCUCCAUAAGGCCAUGCGAACGCUCGGUUUUAACCCAACAGAAGAAGAAAUACAAGAAAUGGUCAAUGAAGUGGACUACGAUGGGAAUGGUGUCCUGGAUUUCAAUGAAUUCGUUGAUUUGAUGGAGAACCAGAAAAAGCCAGACGAAGAAGAACAAGAUCUUAUCAACGCGUUUCACGUGUUCGACUCGGAUGAUAAAGGUUAUAUAGAGGCCUCCGAGCUACGAGACUUACUGUGUGGAAUGGAAAAGAAAAUACCGGAAGACGAGCUACAAGACAUGCUCCGGUAUUAUGGGCUGGAUAAGGACCGUCGGGUUUUGCUCAUGGAAUUCGCGGAAUUGCUUGACCCAGUGUAUGCGCAAGAGUUGCGGGAACGAAUCGAGCAGAAUAACAACAAAAACGGCGGCAGUGCUGCACAGCUCCCUGUAGAGGGCGAGACAACAGAGAGCGGGAUGCUAUGAUUGGUGCACGGAAAGACACGAAGUUAAAGAGCCCCACUCAGCCCUUUCUUUGUUAGUGUUUUCAUUGACAAAUUAUGUAAAGAAACAUCGAAAUAGACUUUUAAACAACUAUCACACUUUGUUUACGACAUCUAAUCACUAACAUCGCAAUAGCUUUUCCGAAUCCGCCGUAAGAAACGAAUGUUUUCUUGAACUUUGCCAGGAUUACAAAUUUGACGGCUGAAAUUUCUUGGUCAACGAUUUAAAUUAUCUGCCAUUUAGACUAAUGCUAGCCUGAAGAAUCCAAUAAGAAAUCUGUUCUUUUCUUGACAAUCCACCAUAAUUCAACGGGAACAAAAGAUGUUAUUGUCCUCUG